AUGUCACAAAACGCCGCUCAGAUUCGUAAACAGCUUAUAAAUUUGGAAAGAGACGAAAGAGCUUUGCAACGACUUCAUGUCAAUUUUACAGGAUUAGCACGAGCUGUGCAAUUAGAAUCAAUGCGAUUGGAUGCACUGAAAAGCAAAAUACAGUCUUCACAACGAGCGCCAAGUCCGAAUACUUCUUCAGCACCAGAUUUGAGUUCAAUUAAAACGUCAGGUUCUUGA